AGUUAGUAAUUUUUAAAAAUACUAAAAUAGGUUCAUGUAGAAUAGUCAACUUUUGACUACAUAAGACACGGAUCGAGGAAAUUUUGCUCCUAAAUCGUUUAUUUUAGUAUGUUGGCAUCGAGUUUUGACACUCCGAAGUUACGCAGAAGGGGUAAAAGAAAGUGGACAAGUAGUGAAAAUUUAAGUGGAGAAGAAGUGAUUAUUGUUACUGAUAAUUUACAGACGCCACAGAAUAAAAGAGCUCGAGGGGAGGAUUACCGUCAAGAAGGACAAACUCCACUUGGAAAAGUUUUUAAGUGGGUUAGAGAGACAGCAAAGAAAACUGUGGGAAUAUUUACAUCAUUUCGAGAAAAAUAUUGGCGGGAUGAUGUAGAUGAUCAGGAAAACGAAACAUUUCCUGUCUAUGAACAUUCAAAUAUGCAACGGCACAGACAUUUUGAAACGGAUGUACUUUGUCAAUCACCGGAGCAAGAUGAAAAAGCAACAUCUUCACAAUUGAGCAGAAAGCCACUUGAAGAGAAUUUUUCCCCAUAUCGAAAUUAUGAACCCAAUUCAUCAAGACACUCAAUAUAUGAUCCUUCAAAAUAUAGUACUAAAACAGCAGCAAUUUCCCCAACAGAUGAACUUUGGACCCCAGUUUCUUCCUCUCAAAAACGAGAAAGGCAGAUUUCUGCAUGUUUUUCAGGGUCUGGCGGUGGUGUUUUCAUGAAAAAACCUGAAUCUACAGAGGUGAAACCAAGUCCUCCUAAACCUCGAAAUAUAACUGCAUUUAAAAUUAAGCAACACCCAACCACAGUUGAUAAUGUGGUGCGUCUUCAGGAGCGGGAACAAUACAUGAAGUUACUUGCUCAUUACACAUCUGUCCACCAACCAACAAACUACGGCAGUAUUCGUAGGAAACCCAUUGUUGUUGAAGAUGACGAUAACAAAGAAGCAAAAGUUUCGUCGACAAGGUUAAAAGCUAAGCGUUCAGUUCUGUCCUCUGACCCGCUUUUUGGAAACACAAGAUUGUCGUCUGUUAAAAAAGAUUCUCAUCAGCCUGCGACAGUCAAAGUUCAAACAUCCCCAUCUAAAAUGCCCUCUGGUGCAGUUAAAACGUCGAAAAUCUCAUCUGCAAGUGGUUCAAAAGGUUUUGUUGAGUUGCAGAUGAAUAAUCGCCAAUCACGGAGGUCAUUUGACUUGUUGGAUGAUAGUUGGAUUAAGAAAUGGAAACAAACCCUGAGCACAGAUAAUCUCGAACAGGAGAGAAAAAUAGCGAAGGAAAAGCUGAAACUCGAAGCAAUUCGCAAAGAGAAAGAUGACUUGGAACUCGUAUCACAAGAGGUAAAGGAAAGAAUGCUGGGAGAACGAGAGAGUCCUGUCAUCGAAAAAGAGAUCGACAAGUUCCAAGAGCUUACUGAUGGAAUGAACGAUGUCAUUGACAAAGCUUUGGGUCAUGGUGCUCCAGGUGAACUGCUGGUUGAAUUACCAAUCGGACGCAUCACCAGAGGAGAUAUAAUAACAUUACGACCACAAACAUGGCUCAAUGAUGAAGUUGUUAACGCAUAUCUACACAUGAUAGUCGAACGUAGCAAGAACCGUGGACCCAAAGUUCAUGCAUUUAACACUUUCUUUUACCCGAAACUAAUGAAAACUGGACACGCUAGCUUGCGACGCUGGACGAAGAAAGUCGACUUGUUCGCAAUGGAUAUUAUUUUAAUUCCAAUUCAUCUUGGCAUGCACUGGUGCUUAGCGGUUAUUGAUAUCAAACAGAAAAUAUUCACUUACUACGAUUCCUUAAAAGGAGAGAAUCCAAACUGUAUUCAGGCUUUGCGCGAUUAUAUCUGCACAGAGAGUCUGGAUAAAAAGAAAACGCCACUUGAUCUGACUGGGUGGAAAAACGACAGCCCUAAGAAUAUCCCUGAACAAUUAAAUGGAUGCGACUGUGGAGUUUUUGCUUGCAAAUAUGCGGAAUAUGUGUCAAGACGAGCGUCAUUUAAUUUCACGCAGCUCCACAUGCCUUACUUCCGUCGAAGAAUGGUGUACGAAAUAUUGAAGAAGAAUUUACUAUAACAAAUUUAUAAAACAAGAAAAAAUGCAUAAAACAACUAAAGUUACGUACGCAUAUAACACUUUUCGCUCGCGCUUCAAUUCCGUAGAGACAAGUAAUUUUUCCCUGGCAAACAAUCCUUGCUCGUUUGUACGCGAAAGUGACAAGAGAAUUGACCAAAAAAACCCAAAAAGCUGUUAAGAAAAGAUAAAUGCUUUUUUCGAUUUCCCCUUCGGUUAAGAGAAUUUAGGAAACUUGUUGACUAUAUAGUCGGAGUGAACUUGGCAAGAAAAAGCUCUCUUGUCUGUAUGAGGCUUAACCUUCACACCAGUGGUAAAUUUGGGUCGACUCACCCCACCGACCAUCGAUCGAGAUUGUACCAAUAUACUAACAUAAGAGUUAUAGACAGGAGGAUGGUCAUUUGUAAAAUAUAACAUAUAUUUAUUCUUCGAGUGUAAAUCAUAUAGAAAGACAUUUAUUCAGUGAUAAAAAAACGAAGGUUCACUGCGUCACAAGCGAGACUAUCGAAAACACACAAAAAAAUUGACUCUAUGAUCU